AAGCCACAAGCAGGCGAGUGUUGGAGCCGGAAUUAGAACCCAGGUCUCCUGACUCCCAGGCCCGGGCUGUCCCGGCUAGGCCACCCUGCCGCUUCUUUGGAAAGCCUCUGAUGUCUUCCGGGGAUCCACUGGGCACGGGCUUCUUCCAGUCCAACUACACGAUCGAAGGGGCGGAGCCGUGGUGCGGUGAUGGCAUGCCUGGUGACGAGCUCUCUGGUGCCGAGAGGUGCCCGGUGUGGGAGCAGCCCCAGGCGCCACUGCCGUCGGUGCCAGCCCACCUGGGCAGCCGUGAUGACUACUUGCUGCCCAAUGAGGUUGGCUGGGACGAGGAGCCCCCUCUUCUGGAAGAGCUGGGGAUCAACUUCCAACACAUCUGGCAGAAAACGUUGACCGUGCUCAACCCGCUCAGGCCGGCGGACCCGGGCAUCAUGGCUGAGACUGACCUCGCGGGCCCUGCCGUCUUCUGCCUGGCCCUGGGGGCCACCCUGCUGCUGGCAGGGAAAGUUCACUUCGGCUCUGUGUACGGCCUCAGCGUGUUGGGCUGUGUGGGCAUCCACACUCUCCUGAACCUGAUGAGCUCAGCUCACGUCUCCUUCGGUUGUGUGGCCAGCGUGCUGGGCUAUGGCCUGCUGCCCAUGGUCCUGCUGUCCGGCACUGCCGCCCUCUUCUCUCUCCAGGGCACCGCGGGCACGGUCUUCGCGCUGGCGGUCGUCGGCUGGUGCAGCCAGUCGACUUCCAAGAUCUUCAUCUCGGUGCUGGCCAUGGAAGGGCAGCAGCUGCUGGUCGCCUACCCCUGUGCGCUCCUGUUCGGGAUUUUCGCCCUCCUGACUGUCUUCUGAGCCGGGAUGGCUGGAGCGAGGAGCGGGUCUCCUGCGGGAGGUGGAGACCCAUCUCCCCCUGCCCAGUGUUGGGGGCGAGAGGCUGGACUACCCCAAGAGGACACCCUGAAAAAGGAAGGGGAAGUGCCCCUGGGAAGGCUGAGCCUCUCCCAUCCAACAGGUUAGGUGGGAGGACGAUUUGGUCUCAUAAAAUGUGAUCUAGAGUCGGCGGUCAGACCCAUCCAAGGGCCGGGUCGUCGCCAAGUCAUUCAACCUUUCUGGGCCUCAGUUUCCUCAUCUGUAAAAUGGAGGGAAGAGACCUCCAUUCACCUCCAUCCUAAGGCUGCCGGGAGGCCCGGCGAGCGGGGCGAGGGGCUGAGGGUUUGGGCCUUGUAGGAGGGAGGCCUGAGCCUGGGUGUUGUUGCCUGACUCCCGGAGCGGCGUAGAUUCUGGGCUGGCUCAGCCAGACCUCUAUCCCAGACGGGACCUGCCCUGGGGCCACCUCCGCCUUGCCUCUGAUGGGAACCAAAAUGCCUCCUUGAGCUGCAGGGAUCUCUUAAUGAGCUCAUGCUUAUUCACUGACCCGCAUGUGAGAUACUUGUUGAUUUUGAUACCGAUAAUAAUAGCAAUAUUGAUGGUAUUUCUUAAGCACUCACUGUGUGUCAAGCAUUUUAGUAAGUGCUGGA